AUGAGGGCGGGAAGCCCGGCCUUCUCGCUCGUACGUGUCAGCAACGAGACCCUGGGCAACGGUCGCGGCGUGCCGUUGUUGUUCAGCCCGUGUCAGUGGGUGUGUCGGCUGGAGGUCAUGGUGUACCCUGGUGGUGAGGGCCGCAAGGAUGACUUCUACCUGUCCAAGCAGGAGGGCGGGCGGCCAGCAGAGUGGCCUACUGGCACGCCACCGCACCCUUCGUCAAGACGGCGUCCCGUGCUUAACUGCAGCCUCUGGUGCCCUACUGCAAGCACUGCAGCACCGAGGGCCUGACCACCGUCAGAGACGCCAUCCCAUCGCUCAGUGCGCAGCUGCAGCAGGCACGCUUGUCGAGUCGGCCGACAGCUCGCCUCACACAGACGUGCCCACAUCGGCGGCAGAGUCCGCAGCGGCCCCGGCGCCCCGGGCGGCAUGGACGGCAGACGGCUCACGGAGAGCCUCUCAUGGAUCUCGCCCACACGGGUUUUGCUGGACGGCCUCAGUGCCAUGAUCGAAGUCAUUCCGGUCUACGCCAAGACGCAGGACAACAUCGGUUCUGCCAAGGCAGCGCUGCCCCCGCCCACCACUCAUGCAGCAGCGGUCAACGGGUCGACAUCGGCAGCAUCCCGUUCGUGA